GAGUCUCAAGUUCCAAAGAGAAGAAACAAACAUCCCUCUCCGAGAGAGAUCUUAGCGAACAACGUGAAGGAAAACAAACAAAAACAACAAACGAUCCGAGAGCGAGAGCGAAAAGCAUUUUCCUCUGAAAACAAAAAAUGGUGUGGGAGAAGGAGAAGAUCGUCGGAAGCUGUAUAAUCGGAGGAGCCACGUUCGCCGUCGGAGCUACGUUCCUCCACCUCUUCCUCAAAGGCGAGCUUCCUCUAGGCCUAGGGCUAGGCGCGCGUUUGGUCUCGUUCAGAAAGCGGAGGCCCGUUCGCGUCUACAUGGACGGUUGCUUCGACAUGAUGCACUACGGCCACUGCAACGCGCUGCGUCAGGCGCGUGCUCUCGGUGACCAAUUGGUCGUUGGUGUUGUUAGCGACGAGGAGAUCAUAGCUAAUAAAGGACCUCCCGUUACUCCUCUUCAUGAAAGGAUGGUGAUGGUUAAGGCGGUGAAGUGGGUGGAUGAAGUGAUAUCGGAUGCUCCUUACGCCAUCACUGAGGAUUUCAUGAAGAGGUUGUUUGAUGAGUACCAGAUUGAUUACAUCAUCCAUGGGGAUGAUCCUUGCGUUCUUCCUGAUGGAACUGAUGCUUAUGCAUUGGCUAAGAAGGCUGGGAGGUACAAGCAGAUUAAGCGUACUGAAGGAGUUUCCAGCACUGAUAUCGUUGGUCGCAUGCUGCUCUGUGUAAGAGAAAGAUCGAACAGUCAUAGUCAUUCGUCACUGCAAAGGCAGUUUAGCCAUGGACAUAAUAGCCCAAAGUUUGAUGACGGAGGUUCCUCAGCUGGUACUCGCGUCUCACAUUUUCUUCCUACUUCCCGCAGGAUCGUUCAGUUCUCCAAUGGCAAGGGGCCAGGACCUGAUGCACGCAUAAUUUACAUUGAUGGUGCUUUUGAUCUUUUCCAUGCUGGCCAUGUUGAGAUUCUCAGGCGUGCUCGAGAGCUUGGAGACUUUCUUCUUGUUGGGAUACAUAAUGACCAGACUGUCAGCGCUAGAAGUGGAGCGCGUCACCCAAUCAUGAAUCUCCAUGAAAGAAGCUUAAGUGUUCUGGCAUGCCGCUAUGUAGAUGAGGUGAUCAUUGGUGCCCCAUCGGAAGUUUCAAAAGAUACGAUCACAACAUUUGACAUUUCGUUGGUGGUUCAUGGGACAGUAGCCGAGAGCGAUGAUUUUCAAAAGGAGGAAGGUAAUCCGUAUGCUGUACCAAUAAGCAUGGGCAUAUUCCAAAUCCUGGAAAGCCCUCUUGACAUCACAACCUCCACCAUAAUCAAGAGGAUUGUGAACAACCAUGAAGCUUAUCAGAAACGUAACUUGAAAAAGGAAGCUAGUGAGAAGAAGUACUACGAGCAGAAGGCUUUUGUGACUGGCGACUGAUAGAAUCUUGAAAGCUUUGUAAGACCAGACCAUCUUUGGGAUGUGAAUCUGUUUCUCCUUAUCUUUAUAUCUCCGUAGUAGUCCGUACUGGCUAUAGUAGGAUGUUUCUGCAUCAGACUCAAAUGCUACAUAGUAUUACAUUUUGUUCUCUAGUUUUUAAACAUAAAAAGGGCAUUGAUGAUUUUAGCACCAAAUGCUUCUUUUAUUUUCUUCA